UGUCUGUUAAACAACAAGUUCUGUUGUUAAUUAAUGCAACUUUACGUAAAUUCACAAUGAACAUGUGGAUAUCAAUAUAAUCCAUGUAUAGCCAAGUUUACCUCACAAGAAUUCGCUUUGUUCGAGUGCACAACAAUCAACAAUAAAUAUAUAAAGUUUGUGCAAUCAAUAAAUACUACACUAUUUUUGUUUUUAUUUCGUGGUAAAUGUUUACUUCCGCAUUGUUGAUAUUGAAAUGUGAUUUAGUGUUAAAAAAGUUAAACUGAAUUAAAACCGUGUGCCUUAUAUUGAAAAUUUAAACGCUAAAAAAUAAAAUUAAUUUUCCAACAUAACUUCUAACAAACAUGACAAAAUAAAACUGUCCGUUACUCUAUUAAGCGUAAAAAGACCAUGACAGGAAAAAUGGUAAAGCAUAAAUGUUAUUCCCUAUUUAUUUGCUGUAAAACAAUAGUAACACAAGUACCUGAAUAGCUAGAAAUAUGGAAGAUACAUUCCGAAUUGAUUUAAUUUUAAAAAGUAAUUAAGAUUAAGUUUAUGUAACAUUAAGAUCAUAAACACGAACGAACUUUAUUUUAGUAUCAUCUGAUUCCCACAACAAAGUAACACAAUGUAUAAUUCGCAUAACUCAUUGAAACAAAUAUCGACGGAAGUUAAAUAUACCGUUGCUACUUUAAACAUAGAAGAAAAUAAAAAUGCAAAGAUUUGUCAAAAAUUAAAUGCAAAAGUACCUGCGCGAUUAGUUUUAUAUUUUUUAUCAUGGUCAGGAUUCCUCGUAUCGUUUAUGAUGCGAAACGAUAUGAAUUUUGCACUUGUUGCUAUGACAACGCCAACUACUAAUUCAUCAAGUCAAACGAAUGAAACUAUGACAUCUCACAACACCUCAGCUAAUGGUAAUGAAACGUGCCAUUUUUCAAGUACUAAACUAUGCAGUUAUUAUGAUUGGUCAUCUCCUAUUCAAUCCAUAAUACUGAGCUCGUUUUUUUGGUGUUAUGUGUUAUCGCAGGUAGCUGGAGGAAUUGCAACGCAGUACUUCGGUACGAAACGUGUUUUUGGUUGGUCUCAAUUUGCCACUGCAUUGUGUAGUUUAUGUAUGCCAAUAUGUGCCGAUUGGCACUACAUGCUAGUAAUUGCUUUACGGUCUAUACAGGGCUUUGCAUCAGGUCUUACCUGGCCGGCUAUGUAUGCGGUCGUCGGUUACUGGAUACCGCUGGUUGAACGAUCACGAUUUAUGUCGAGUUUCCAGGGCUUUAGUAUUGGUAUUGGGGUGACAUAUGCAUUGUGUGGAUUUAUUAUAGAAAAGUUCGGCUGGCCGUAUGUAUUUUAUACCACGGGAACUCUCGGCAUGAUAUGGUGCCUCUGUUGGUAUCUUUUAGCAUAUAAUACUCCCCAAGAACAUCCCAGAAUAUCGGAGAAAGAACUAGGAUAUAUUGAAGAUAACAUUAGCAGUGAAGUAAAAGAGGCACUUGGGAUGAAGGUCCCCUGGAAAUCAAUAUUUACCUCAAUGCCAGUUUGGUCGAUUGGCAUAACUACUUUUGGCCGUAUAUGGAUCCAUUAUGUUUUUAUUAUAUAUGGACCAAAAUUUAUGCAAAAUAUUCUAAAGUUUCCGUACAAAGAAAAUGGCUUUCUUUCAGGUAUGCCAUUCAUAUGUUCCUAUAUAGCGUCAGUGUUUUUCUGUUCCGUAGCUGAUAAGGUGGUGCUAAAAAACUGGAUGUCGUUAACAAAUGUACGAAAACUUUUUACUGCUCUAUCACAAAUUAUUCCCGGUUUGCUGAUAUUUGCUAUAGGUUAUAUAGAAGACAUUGUUGCUCUUUUAGUCGUUUGGUUUAUAGCUGUUACAUUUAUUACUGCCUCCUAUGCGGGAGCCAUGGCCAGCAUUGUGGAUAUAGCACCGAAUUUAGCUGGUCCGGUUUUGGCUUUUUGUCAAACUAUACAUAUGUCAGCAUCAUUUUUAUCACCACUUAUAAAUGGCAUCAUUUUAGAGGAUGGGGUAAUUAUAAACCAAUGGCGCAUAGUUUUUGGAUUAUCAUCGGUUAUAACAAUUGCAACUUAUUUUAUUUUCCAAAUUUAUGGUACAGCUGAUAUACAAAAGUGGAACAAUUCAUCUAGUACGUCAACAAGCAAUGAUGAUGGUGAUAAUUCGAUUGACGAAGAACAAAAUCAUAUGCUUAAAAAACCAAAUGAUGACAAAACCAUUCCAAAAACGUAUUAGUAUUUAUUAUUUAAUUACUAAUUUUUUAUUGUUAUUAUUAAUUUGUUAUGGGUAAUUUUUGUGUAAAAGGUAAACGGAUUUUAUUUGAGUAAAACAUGUAUUAAAAAUAGGGUUAUAUACAUAUAUAAUUAGAGCAAAAAGUCGUCAUUUUCGUUUUAUAAAAAGUUGAUUAUCGUUUGUUUUUUGUUAAUUUUAAAAACACUUAUUAAAAUGUCGGUUUUUUAUUUUUUUCCAGAAGUCGAUAUUUGAUUUUUUACUACAAGGAAGUCGAUUUUAAUUUGUAUCUCGAUUUUUGUUUUCAAAAAAAUUAAACCGAUUACCAUAACCAUUUCUGUUUGCAUGCAAUGUUUAAAAAAUAUUUUGUGAACGUAAUAUUAAAGAGAAAUAUUUCUGGAGUUUAUAUAUGAUGACUUUUUGAAGUUUUGAACCUAGUGAAAAGCAAACACCGAAAUUUCCAAGUAUAUAUGUAUGGUUGAUUCCUAAAUUAUACAUUAGAGGUAAAAAACAAGAAUUUUACAAUUAUUUAAACCAAAGAACCAUUCAUUUAGCUAAUGCAAUCCGCUUCAUAAUAUAAUCAAAUGAAAUUUGUGCUGGUAAUAUUGAAUUGUUCUUUUCCUCAUUAUUUGUGGAAAUAAUGAUUAUUUUUAAUUCCUAUAAAUCUAAACCUUUAAAAAUAUAUGCUACUGGGCUCACCAUUUUAUAUUAUUACUAUUAAAAAAUAAUAAGUGAGGUUUUGCUUGUAACAAAAAUUAUUAAAAAAAAAACCUUUUUUUGGAAAAUAAACUUUAGAGCCGUUGCGCUACCACUGUCCGUAUCAACACAAUAUUUGCAAUAUGCAAUUUAACAACUCAAAAAACAUAUAAAAAUAUUUUGGCAUGUAGCCAAAUAUUGCUUAGAAAUUAGAUAUGUAGUUAUUUUAUGCGGUACUUUAAUCCGUUCUUUCGCAUUUUUGCAGUUUUAUUACACACUUUUUGUUUUUUAUGCAUUAAUAAUUUCAAUUAUAUACAUAUAUUACUUAUUUAGCUACAUAUGUAUAUUAUCAUAAAUACAUUUUUAUAACUUUAUUUUUUCUAAAGAACAUCACAAAUUCUACUUUCACAAUUGGAUGAAAUUGAAUUUUACUUUCACAAUUUUCAAGAAAGGAUGGUCGUUAAUGUACAACACCAAGUACAUAAUUUUUUUUUUUUACAGACAAUGUGUAAUUAUAUCUAUUUCGAAUAUAUUUUUUGAAAACAAAAAUAUAUACAUAAUUUGAAUUGAUGACGGAAACGCAUAUCGUAAUAAAAUUUGGAAUUGAUAUAGAAUAAAUUCCAUUGAAUGUUUUGAAAUUUGAGUAAUUGCAAAACUUAAUAAAUAUCAAGUGAAUACUCACUUUUUGUAGACGAAAGUAAUAGUAAAUUUAAUAGCUUAAUUGAUUAGUAAACACCACAAAGAGUGAAAAUAUUUUUACAAAACGAUGCAAUAAUAUAAUAUUAUUUUUUGUAACCAUAUCUACAAUUUACAAAUCCGGUUGCUAUUUACACAUUAAGUACUCUUACAUUUGUUCGUAUGUAUAUUUAUCUUUUUAUGAUGUUCAACAGACACAAGGGCAUUCAAACUAUUAAAAAAUCGGAAGUGUUUCGAUUAAUCGAAACUACCUCAUUUAUAGCAAAAUUAUAAAAUUCAAGUUCUACAUAUAAAAUUUAAACAAAUUUAAAUAAUAAAAUUACGUUCACUAGAAUUACGAUUUAUUUCAUAUUAUUUUUAAUGCCAAAAUGUUUCUGCUUUCCUUUUAAUAAGGAUUUUAUAUAAGAACCAAGAACUAUCACAUAAGGGUAUAAACUUUAUUUGUUAUAUAAAAAUUAGUGAAAUUUAUUUAUAACACUCAAUGCAAUGAAAUAACCCGAUAUCUAAUAACCUCGAAUAAUUAUUUGCUAAAUAAAACGAUUAAAACAAAAACCGAAUACUUACAUUAAACACUGACUUAAUAUUUAGUUAUGCAACAAGUUUGGAUACUGUUUGCUCCAUGAAUAAAUAUGAUGUGUUUUUUGCAUUCUAUUUCAUAUUUUGAAAUUUUCCAAGCUAAUUUAUAUUUAUAUGUGUAUGUACAAUUUAAAAAAUAUAAUUCUGUUUAUAUGAGUAUUAUGGUUUAAAAAUUAUUGUUUUAACAAAGCAUAAAAAUUAUUAAAGGUAUCCAUCAUUGCUCCACGUGUCGCAAUAAUCACACCUGCACUCCAUAGAAUCGCCACAAUAAAAAACCAAAUUACGAAAAACUUCAACAAGUUUUUCUGUAAAGAAAACCACUGUCAAAAAUAAUACGUACUUAUUACUUAUAAGCAAUAUAUUAUUCUAUUUCAAUAGUAAACAAAACUGAAUCUUAAAAAAAAACGAAGAAUAUAUUUUUUGUAAUUUCUAGCAUUUAAAAGAAAUUACUCUGGACAAGCACAAAUACUAAUAACUACAAAAUACGUUCAAAAUUUGUAUACUGCUAUAAUUAUUUUACUAUAAGCCUGGCAUGAUUCAAAAUUAAAACUAAUGUUUUAACUUAAAUUUGAUAAAUAAUAUAAUAAUAAAUUAGUUUAUUAGAUUAUUAGACGAAAAACAUUAACCUCUACUAUUUAAAUCUGGUUACAUUUUUCAAAUACCAUAAUUUGUUUAAAUAUUACGUAAUAAAUAGUAAAAUGUCAAAAAUUGUCAAAGCCGUUUUGCACGAAACAGUGUAUUUUGAUAUAUGGCAGUCUUGUAGUAAAUUAGCGAUAUGUAUUUAUAAUAACAAUUAAUGUAUGACUAUUUUUAAAGAUUUUCUAUUGCGAAUUAUUACUUUAUUUUUGGAAUAACUUUUUUAAUUUAUAACCUAUGUAUGUAUAUGUUCAUACAAAUAUGUAUGUAUAUACGUAUAUAAAUAACAAGUCAAAGUAUGUGUUAUAACCAGGGACCGAAAAUAAUAAUUAUUUUUGAAUUUUUAAAUAAAAAAAGCAACCACAAGAAAAUAUCGGAAAACAACAUCAAGUAUACCAUUUUGAUCAUCGUGGACUUUUUUAAAUUUUUGAUUUUUAUUUUUUUGAGCAAAAAUAAAGGUUAUUUUUUUACUUUUAUUUUUUCGAGCAGAAAUAAAAGUUAUUUUUUGACUUUUAUUUUUUGAGCAGAAAUAAAAGUUAUUUUUUUACUUUUAUUUUUUCGAGCAGAAAUAAAAGUUAUUUUUUUGAGCAGAAAAAAAGUUUUUGCUUUAGAAUCGUUUAUUUUCCAAUAAUCAAAAAAUAACUGCUGCUCAAAAAAAUAAAAGUCAAGAAAUAACUUUUACUUCUGCUCGAAAAAAUCAAAAUCAAAAAAUAACUUUUAUUUUUGCUCAAGAUAAUAAAAAUCAAAAAAUAACUUUUAUUUAUGAUCGAAGAAAUAAAAAUCAAAAAAUAACUUUUAUUUCUGCCCGAAAAAAUAAAAGUCAAAAAAUAACUUUUAUUUCCGCUCAAAAAAUAAAGUAAAAAAAUAACACUGUUAUGAGUUUCAUCAUAACAGUUACGGUCCCUGGUUAUAACUCUAAAGGGAAUUUUUGGAUGUGUCCCAAUAUAUCGUCACCUGAAACGCAAACGGCCCUAACUAACCAAAAAAUCAAAAUCGAUUUUAUGGUUGAUUAUAAUGUAUGGCAUCAAAACAAAUGUCCACACCAAUAAUUGGGAUCCUCCGACCAUAAUUAUCGAUUUUAUUGACAAAAAACAAAAGGCCCUAUCUACAAAAACAUUUAAAAAUUAAAGGUAAAAAGUCCAAUUUAUCCAUUUUAUAUACUCCAUAUAUACGUCAUCAUAACAAAUGAUAGGUUUUACUAUUAAACAAUUUGUUUAUUUACUACAAAUACAGUGGCCGACAAAAUUCUAAGUAUGCGUUUUAGGUGACGAUAUGUAUAAUAAGCUAUCGCGAAUGUUAGUAAUUUAAAUUUUAGUUUAUUAUAAGAUGCCGUUUUUCAAAAUAUUUAUCCUGAAGUCAAUAUUUUGAUAUCAUAUGAAAGGCCUGAGAAAUUUUGUGCUUAGUAGUGCAAACAUAUUGAAAAUUUUAAAAUGGUUCAGAAAAAUUUUUCAUUUUUAAAAUUUUUAUUUAGAUUUUUUAAAAUAAUUAACUGAAAUAAAUAUAACGUCAUUAAAUAUUUUUUUUUUCGAAAUUCAAUCUAGACUAGGUUUUAUUUGAAUUUUUCGAAACCAACGUACAUUCCAUAACAUGGCUUAAUAAUGAAAAUAACAACAUUAAAAUUGUUUUUUUCAAAGAAAGUGUUAUAUGUAUCAAUGAAAAUCUAAUGAAGCGUAUAUUGAAUUGCAUAUCAUGUAAGUAAGGGAGAAAAUGAGUUUUGUAAAAUUAAAAUAAAAUACAAACUAACCAGCAUUUUGGAAAACAGAAAAAAACAUUUCGACGAAAUUAUAUGAGAUAAUAUGUUUAAAUGUAAAUUAUUUACAAUUUACAAUUCUAUGUAACAAAUUAAAAAAACAAAAAUGUUUCGGAAAAUUUAAAAAUUUGUUAAUACUUUUGUAUCGAACAUAAAUAUUUUAUACGCCUUAAAAGCGCCUUUGAAAACCUUUCAUAUGAUACUAAACUUUAUUAUAUUUCUUUACAACAUAAAAAAUAAUUAAAACCUCAAAAAAUUACCUAGCUCAACAAAUAUUGACCUCUGGACAAAAAUUUUGAGAAAUGCCAUUAUAAAAUAAACUAAAUUUCCAUUUUCGUCGGAAACAUCAGAAAUUUUAAUUUGGGGCCAAACUAAGGAAUGAUAAAAUCAAUAUACCCCAUAUUUUUAUGGUGAAUAUUAAAACAGUAAACAUUUUACUCUUAAAAGUUCAAGUUAUAGUAUUUUUACGAAAUACUAAGAUGUAACAAAGAUUAAUUGCUGUUUUUGCAGUUAAUUUUAUCAUACAAAUUCAUGCAAAAAAUGUUCAUAAUUCCAGUCUAAUAGGCUACAAAAAAGUUAUUCGAUCCAGACCUCUAGUACACAUGUUGAGGAGGGUGGUGUUGUUAUUGGCAAUCAGGGCUAUUAAUUUAAUUGUUUUCUAUUAUUUAAGUUUCUAUUUACUUAAUUUCAAUAAUGAAAUGUUUUUGUUUACUUAAUUUAUACAAUUUAUAUUAUAAGUGAUAAUUUUAAUAACGGAUUUGUAUUUAAUUUAAAAUUUAUAUUAAUAAAAAUUUGUAUGUUUCAUUUUGAAAAUAAAUCAAAGUGCCAACAUUGUAGCACAAAAUAAUUA